CAAAUCCAAUCCUCAUUCUAAUCUUCAUUCUAAUCCCAAUUAACAAACUCUAAUUGAUCAAAAGAAAAUUCAUAAUCAAGAGAGAGCCACCAAUGGCUUCUCUCACUAGCCCUUGUUCAUCUCCUUUUCUUCAAAAAGAUACCCAAAUCCCAAAUCUCAAAAAUCGACGUUUUAACCCUUCAAAAAUUUCACGUAAAUUUUCAUGCAAAGCUAGCGCAAACAACAAUAACAACGAACAAAACCCUAACAGGAGAAAUAUUCUCCUGGGCUUGGGAGGCUUGUAUGGUAUGGCAGGGUUACAGGGUGGACGCGAUCCAUUUGCAUUUGCAGACCCUAUAGCCCCGCCAGACCUUUCCAAGUGCGGCCAGGCUGACUUACCAGCUGGGGCCAACCCAGUAAAUUGUUGCCCACCAUUCACUUCUACCAUCAUAGACUACAAAUUACCUAAAUCAGGCAAGAUCAGAAUAAGACCAGCUGCACACGCAGUUGAUAAAGCUUACUUGGAAAAAUUCAACAAAGCGGUAGAGCUCAUGAGAGCUCUACCAGCUGAUGAUCCAAGAAAUUUUACACAACAAGCCAACAUUCAUUGUGCCUAUUGCGAUGGAGCGUACGAGCAAGUAGGUUUCCCAAAUCUCGAUAUACAAGUCCAUAAUUCUUGGCUAUUUUUUCCAUUCCAUCGUUGGUACUUAUAUUUCUACGAAAGAAUCUUGGGAAAGCUGAUUGGGGACCCCAAUUUUGCUAUGCCUUUCUGGAAUUGGGAUUCCCCACCAGGAAUGCAGUUACCCUCGAUUUACACAAACCCGAAUUCUUCAUUGUAUGAUCCAUUAAGAAGCAAACCUCACCAACCGCCAACCCUCAUGGACCUUGACUAUAACGGUGUUGACGUGGCAUCAACGAAUGAAGCUCAAAUCUCGAGUAAUCUUGCUAUCAUGUACCGUCAGAUGGUUUCUAACGGUACAAGUCCUCGACUCUUUAUGGGCAUGCCUUAUCGAGCCGGGGACCCCACCGACCCUGGAGCAGGCUCAUUGGAAAAUAUUCCUCAUGGGCCUGUUCAUAUUUGGUCUGGGGAUCAGACCCAACCCAACUUCGAGAACAUGGGAAAUUUUUACUCGGCUGGUAGAGACCCCUUAUUCUUUGCUCACCAUUCUAACGUUGAUAGAAUGUGGAGUGUUUGGAAAACUUUGGGGGGAAGAAGACAAGAUUUUACCGAUCGAGAUUGGCUUGAUGCUGCUUUUCUUUUUUAUGAUGAAAAUGCUCAAUUGGUUCGUGUCAAGGUGAGAGAUUGUUUGGACAGUAGAAAACUCGGGUACAAUUAUCAAAAAGUGGACAUUCCAUGGUUGAACACUCGCCCAACGCCACGCAGAUCUAGACUAAGUCGAGUCAAACGAGCGUUGGGACGAGUUGGUGUGCCUAUGGCCCAGGCAGCCACAGACAAUAACAUGUUUCAAACCACGUUAAGUUUUCCCUUGACUUUGGACAAGCCGGUUAAAAUUUUAGUGGCGAGGCCUAAAAAGGCGAAAAGGAGCAAGAAGGAGAAGGAUGAGGCUAAUGAAAUUUUGGUGAUUGAUGGGAUUGAGUUCGAUAGAGAUGUAGCAAUCAAGUUCGAUGUUUACAUCAACGAUGAAGAUGACUUGCCAAGUGGACCCGACAAGAGUGAGUUCGCGGGUAGCUACGUCAGCGUGCCACAUAAGCACAAGGGCCAUAAGCUCAAGACUUGUCUUAUGUUGGGACUCAAUGACUUGUUGGAAGAUUUGGAUGCUGAAGAUGAUGAACAUGUUGUUGUUACUUUGAUUCCUAAGCUUGGUGUUGGAAAAGUCUCAAUUGGUAGCAUCAAGAUUGAGUUUGAUACCUAAAAAUAAAAAUUAUAAGAAAAAGAAAACAAUUAUAAUAUUAUAUUAAUAGUAAUUCUAUCUUGUUAGGGUUUUUAUAUUUAUUUUUUGGGGGGAAGAAAAACACACAUGUGGAGUGUUUUGAUUCCCAUAAUGUUUUGAAAAAUUAUAAUUUGAAUAAUUUCAUAUAUAUAUAUAUAUAUGUAUGUGUGUUUGUGAUUUUCUACGAGGUGUGUAUACCAAUAUUAUUUGAAUAAUUAUUUAGAGAGUUGAAUGUAUUUCUUGAAAUUGGUAAUUUUUGUAUUUCAAUUUAUGAAGUUGGUUU